GGCACCAGGCGACGGGGUGCUGGGGACAUACACAGUCAGAAGAGUUCGAUAGUGGAUAGCCAUGGAUAACUUGGGCAUAUUUCACAAGUUUUAAGCUUUUAUUUUGUUGAAUGUUUCUUUUUAAAUUUUGAAAUAUUACAAUGCAAAACAAAGGAUUUGUUAUUUAAAAUACUAUUUCUACACAUCGAAGGUCAACAAUGCUUGGAAAGUACUGCAUCCUGGGAGCAUGUUUGGCGGAAAUCGUUUUCUUUUUGUACAAGACAGGGGAGGCGAUGCUGGACGCCAUCAUUCGCCCGUUUGUUAUCAGUGCCGUGUGCAAAGACCUCACACGUGACAUGGUCAUCGUCUCCCACGCCUGGACGCCUCGCCAGGUUCUCUUCAUGAAUGGAACCCUGGACCCUUGCGAAUACCUUCAGGAGCUUCCGGGGCUAGAGGGCCCUGUCCAGACCAGAGCUGCCACAUUCCUGAUGUUUUACCGAAUACUGGUGAACAUCCCUGCUGUCGUCCUUGGACUCUUUUGUGGCGCCUGGAGUGACCGCACCGGUAGAAAGCUGCCGAUGAUGAUCCCAAGUAUAGGUAGCACUCUGGCAGUGCUGUUGUACAUGUUGGGCAUCGUGCUAGAGGAGCAUACUCUCAUGAUAAUAAUGUUCGGGGCGUUGAUACAGGGAAUUCUGGGUAAAAGCUCGGUGAUCACAAUGGCCGUUAACAGUUACAUCAGCGACACGACGUUUCAUGAAGACAGAACCAGAAAACUUGGGAAAUUGUUAGCCAUGAACUUUUUUGGACUUUUUGUAGGCUCUUUGUUAGCCGGGGGUCUCCAGGAUAUAUCUAGCCUACAGGUCAGCCUUGUGGUGGUCAGUAUCUUUCACGCUGCUUCAUUGCUGACAGUGGUUCUGUGUAUGGACGAGAGCAUCCACGAUAAGUUGCCCAGUGAGGAAGGGUUCGAUCCCAAGUACAACACUCAGCCUGGUCUGUUUAGUUUACAGGGAGUCAAAGAAAGUGUUAGGUCACUCGUCAAGCCUCGAGAAGAUGGGAAAAGGACUAUAGUACUCGUGGCUUUCGUCGGCAUGUUUUUGAACCAGAUUUGUAAAGUUGGAGAGCAAGAUGUCACAGUUCUAUUUGUACAGAAGCCACCGUUGUCAUGGGAACCAUCAGGCUAUGGCUACUUGUCGUCCGUGGACUAUGCAGGAAUGGGUCUAUGUCUGCUGCUUCUGCUGCCUGUCCUGUCCACGUUUCUCCACAUCAACGACAUGGUCAUAGUUCUGAUAGGACUGACCUGCAAGCUAGUCAGGACCGUCUGGGCGGGUUUCUGUACGCAGACCUGGAUGGUCUAUGUCUCUGUUGUCAUCGGAUCGGCAGCUGGUAUUAUAACUUCUGGUUUAAGAUCUAUUCUAAGUAAAGCUGUGAACGAGGACGAGACGGGCAAAGUGUUCGCGCUGGCUUCAAGUGCCGAGACAGCUGCCAAGCUGAUAGGAUCCGUGGUCUUCGUCAACAUCUACGCUGCCACGCUGGACAUCUGGCCAGGCGUGGCGUACAUCUCUGCUGCCAUGGUCACCCUCGUGCUGAUUAUUUUAAUGGUUUGGUUGUAUAAAGAUCAACAAUUGGUCAGCAAAUACAGAUUCUCUUCCUCCUGGAACAACGGCGCUGUUGCCACCACCAACUUCCCGACGAUACGCGAGCCUGAACAAGAAGAAACGGACAGAGAGUUCGAAUCCUUGUUGCCUCUGAGCGCCAGUAGUGCGAGCCUGAUUGCCCUUCCAGCAACCAGUCCGUGUGAGUGAUGGCAUUAGGCAAUGGACUGACUCAAAUGACAUUCACUAAAGACACUGGCUUGGAGGUGUGAUAACCACUGACCAGUACAAACUCAGUACGACUUGUAAGUAAUUAACAGAAGAAGAUUGACUGACCAGUGUACACUACUCUGACCAUUAGGCAUACACAGAAACUUAGAUAAUGCCCAAAUAGACUCUUGACACACCUAGGCAGUGCUUCACUGACCACAAGCCAUUAGACUGUGCAGUUGACACUUCAUUGACCAUUACACACUUGACUUAGCAGUAAACAACCUGCCCCCAGGCAAGGAGUCAUUCUUGCAAUACUUUGAGACCAGCCCCCCCCCCUCCCCAAGCUCUUAACACAGGACAAUUUAAAAUGGAAUAUUAUGCUACUGACUGGAAAGAAGUUAAUCUUUAAUUAAUUUACUGUCAAAAACUUUUGUUUCACACCUUCUUUUGUCAAUCCAUGGCACUGACACUGACAUAUGACAUGACCUAAAUGACCUGCUGCAUAUGCACGCCAACAACACUGUGAAAGACCUUGAUUUAGUUGGUACAAUCCUUGUGUUCAGAGUUGUAUUAUGCAUGUUACAAAAUAAACGAAUUCAAGAUUU